AUGUAUAUUGUACAGCCGUUCGAAACAAUGAAAUCAUUGAUCGAAAGCAUUGCCUGUACACCGGCGCAGGGCACCAAAAAGAAUGUUUUUGCGGAAGGAAGCAUGGAUGAACAGGUGGUAUUGCCAUCAACAAGCAGAAGCAAUAAAAAACCAAGUCCAGUGAGAGGUACGAAACGCGGUUGGCGGAAUCCCGACAUGAACAUGAGUCCAAAGCGUCCAAAACUCAAUACAGGCAAGUGCAAUCAUUUUCCUCAUUUCUGCAGGAAAAUUCAUAUUGGGCUUGAGCCGCAGAAGCUUGCAAUCUUUUCGGAUUUUUUGGGAGGUCAAUUUGACAUCGAAUGGUGGCCGGAGGGGACAGAACUUCAAGAUCAUUGCUGA